AUGUCACCACCAAAAAAUGAGCCGAAUUUUGCGAUGAAUCAGACCGUUCAGGACUAUUACACUCAUUCCUACACACUGUUUCGGCAGUCAUUAUUGAGCCUCAUGCACAAUGCUGCAAUGCGUGAUAUCCUGCCUUCGCGACCAGUCGAUUACCUUGUGACGACACUAGGCGAACGUGUCUCAUUCCGUAUCCGCGUGGAUAAUAUAGCUACAAAUAUGCAAAAUCAUACGCUUUACUAUGCUAUCCGAACGACUAAACCUCCACCAGGAUUCUCUAGACGACAGUCCUCUGUAGAAAGGGCCAUUCACCCCAGAUCUUUACGGCAGAGCCUGAGAGAGGUGGUCUUGGGGAUUAUCUUCAUCUUGAUCCUCUUUCGCGCGAUCGACCCGGAGCUGAAUGGUAAUUGGUUAGCCUUGUUCCAACGAGACCAGGGAACAUGUACGCGCAUCGUGUGUUCUAAGACGAACAGAAUGAGUGCCAUCGCGAACUGGGCUGUCGAGGCCGAGGAGGACUUGACUAUGGUCGUGGAUGUCCUUCGGUCGGUGGCCGCGCAAAAUGUUCCUUUGGAGGGUUACUUCUGA